UUUGUUAUUUUCACACUGCUGUUCGCGAGUUCGGAGGUGCGAUUCUUGACUCAUACUAUUUUUUAUUUACCAUUAGUCAGUGCAGCUGUUGCUGGAGUUGUCUCUUUUAUGUUCAAUUUAAUAUAAUUAAAUUUGAUUAUUUGAUUUGUGCAGUAUCGCGCCUAGGAAGGUAUUUAGAGGCGUGAGUGGCCGAUACGUGUUGGGCGUUUUGCGUGUUUGCGUUGAACGUUUGAUCUGGGGCCUGUGGGUUUGUCCACCGGGCUUCGUCACAACGGGUAAUCAUUAUGAAAAUAUUGAUUGCAGUAAUGUCGAUCAUUCGAUAAGCUUAACAGUGGAGCUAUAAAAAAGGUUGCAACCUGAUAAGCUGCUUAGCGGCCAAUUGUCGCAGGAGAUAAAGGUAGGAUCGACAAUCAACAUGAGCACCGAAACCUCGGACAAAGCGGAUUCAGUCGGUGCGAUGAGUUCGAGCAGCGGUGCUAGCAAGGUGUGCAGCGUUUGCGGAGAUAAAGCGUUGGGCUACAAUUUCAACGCUAUGACCUGCGAAAGCUGCAAAGCAUUUUUUCGGCGGAAUGCUCUCUCGACGAAGAGCUUCACCUGUCCGUUUAGCGAGAGUUGCGAAAUUACAGUAGUAACCAGACGCUUUUGUCAGAAGUGUCGGCUUGAUAAGUGCUUUCAAAUAGGAAUGAAAAAGGAAUACAUUAUGUCCGAGGAGGAUAAGGCACUGAAGAGACACAAGAUCGAGCAGAACAGGGCAAAGAAGCGAAUGAUAAACGGAAGUGGUGGUAGCAGUGGUAGUGGAGGGGGUAAUUCAAACGAUGGACUUGCGGUUCCCACUGGAGACGGUGGAGGAAUAAUGGAUUCGGAUUUACCAAUGAAAAUCAAACGAGAGGGGAGCGAUUCUGACUGCUGGAGCAAUUCUCCAUCGGAUUAUAUAGCGGCUGAAAUGCUACACCGAAACACUGGACUAGCGGCACCGAAUGCAAACGUGUUUAAUGGUGUGCCAUCGGUGAAUGAAAUCGGCAAUUCAUCAACUUCAUCGCAGAAUAAUUUGAUACAUACGAAUCAAACGAUGGACGGAGACCUCUUAUCAGUAAUAUCAGUGCUGCCAUCGCAACCCAAUGAUUCGCUAGGAGCAAAACCGGCUUUAAAUAGCAAUGAGCUAUUGCUACCAGUGCUAUCGCUUGAGUCAAGUGCGACAGAGAUUGUGAAUCGCAUCGUCAAUUAUCCCACACUUGCAAAUCAAACCAUUGCCUCGCUGAUGAAAACCCCGAAAGAUGCUGUUUUUAUUAUGUCCAAAGUUAUCAACUCACAAUGUGACGCGCUAAAGUUGAUAUCACACUUUAUCACUGCACCUGGCGACGCGUUACAAAUUAUCAGCAAGAUAAUGAAUUCUCCGUUAGACGCUUUGACAGUAUUCGCGCAAUUCAUGAGCUCUCCAACUGAUGCGCUACAGAUAAUCGGAAAAAUCAUGAGCUCCCCAGCCGAAGUGCUGCAUUUUAUGCAGCAGUUGAUGAAUCAACCGGAGGACGCCGUUCAGAUUAUGAAUAAAUUCAUGAACGCUCCGGCAGAAGCACUUCAGAUGAUAAACAAAAUGAUGAACCAUUCAGAUUCAGAUGUACUUGAAACUAUCAAGGAAGCGGCCGACACGUCCUCAUCUUUGCGGGAAAACGAUGAGGAUCCGCGUCUGGAAACCAUUCGAUCCCUUAUAGAAUCGCAAUCGAUACCAGUUUUACCGAGCGAAACGGCUUCUCCGUCCUCUACGUCACAAAUUUGUGAACCGUCGCUAUCUCCUCUUCCGUUCGAUCCAUUUCUACUCAAUGGUCCAUCCGAAGAGGCUAACGGUGAUCAUCGAUCCAGCCCUGUGUCAAACUUGCCGCGAGAGCCGCCGCUAGACACCGAACUCUUUCAGGACAUCGAAGGGCACACCGUACUGCCAAACACGCUGGAAUCAAUUCUGAUGCAGGCGAUACGCCUCGAGUACGAAGGUUACAACGGGGCCUUACUCGGGUCGACCGGGUCGGGGUCCUCUUCGUCCAGCCAGCAGCAUCAGCAUCCGGCGAUUAGCGGCAACAGCAUUGAACUGAAUGACCCCGAGCGGGCCAAACUGAACGAGUUGAUCGUGGCGAACAAGGCACUGUACGCACCUGUCGACGAAGAUCUCGCGUCGCUUAUUUCCGACGAUUGUCGCAUCAAGUCUAAUAAAAACCAGCAUGAUCCGCUACUGCUAAAAGUGAUCAAUCUGACGGCAAUCGCGAUCCGGCGGUUGAUCAAGAUGUCCAAAAAAAUCAGUGCAUUUAAAAACAUGUGCCAGGAGGAUCAACUGGCGCUGCUGAAGGCCGGCUGUACGGAGAUGAUGAUACUCAGGUCGGCAAUGCAGUACGACUGUGAUAGAGCCAGCUGGAAGAUUCCCCACAGCCAGGAGGAAAUGUCCAACAUCCGCGCUGACAUAUUGAAGCUGGCGAAGGGUAACGUAUACCAGGAACACGAACGUUUUAUCCGUACUUUUGACAAGAAAUGGCGUUCGGAUGAGAACAUUAUCUUGAUCAUGUGUGCCAUAACGCUGUUUACGCCUGAUCGGCCGAAAACGGUACAUUCCGAUGUGAUAAAACUGGAACAGAACUCUUACUACUAUCUGUUGCGCCGUUACCUGGAGAGUAUUUAUCCGGGCUGUGAGGCUCGAUCCAUAUUCCUAAAGUUGAUGCAGAAAAUUUCCGAACUGCACCGGUUGAAUGACGAAAUAAUCAGUGUCUAUCUGGACGUGAAUCCCGCCCAGGUGGAGCCCCUGCUGCGCGAAAUAUUCGAUUUGAAGGUACAGGUACACUGAGCUGCCUGCGGGAAGGCGGCCCCCGUUCGGCGGAAGCAAGAACGCAGGCAUCACAAAGUGCGGUUAUUUCAUAGCUGGUUCUACUGAAAAUGAUUCUAGUUCGCUAUGGGUUAGAUAUAGCUUUAAGUGCGUCUAGUGAAUGUUAUCGAGAAGCUUUAUUCAAAGUUAGAGAGUUUAUGUAUUUAUGGAGAAUGAUAUAGGUAUAUAUAUUUUACGGCGUAGUGAUACGAGAAGCACUUGUACUACUGUCUGUUCGUACGAAGUGAUUUCAUGUUUAGGAAGAGUCUAAUAUAGAGAGAUAUAAGCAAGUUAAACAGAAUAAAUCAAUUGUUUAUUUUAAAGUA